AUGACUAAUGAAGGUGAAACGCAUAGUGGCAUAUAUUGGCAUAACGAAAAUGUAGUCCCUCGUAAAGGUUACCAAGUGAUUGAUAAUCCACUAUGGUAUGAUGAAACACUUUUCAAAGAUGAAAUUCUCUUCCUGGAAGAUGGUAGUACAUCUAUUGGAAUGGAUGGUAUUCAAAACAAAGAAAAGCAAGCCCCAACCGAACAAAGAUACAAUCACAAAGACAGAAACUAUUUUGUUACCAAAACUAUUCUUGAUGUUGCUCAGGUAUGCCACAAGCAUGGAGUAAUUCAUCAAGACCUCAAACUUGAGAACUUUUUAUACGCCAAUGCAACUGAAAAUGCUCAACUAAAGGCCAUUGGUUUUUGUCUUUCUAUUUUCUUUGAACCUGGUCAGAGAUUUGGUGAAAUAGUAGGAAGUCCAUAUAACAUGGCUCCGGAAGUUCUUAGAAGAAAUUAUGGACAAGAAAUUGAUGUUUGGGGUGCUGGCGUUAAACUUUUACAUUUGUUAUGUGGUGUUCCCCCUUUUUUGGGAAGCACAGAAACUGAAGAAGGGAUAGCACACGCAAUAGUGAAGGGAACAAUAGAUUUUAACAGAUAUCCAUGGGCAAGAGUAUCUGAUGAAGCUAAGGACCUUGUCGAAGGAAUGCUUGAUGCUAAUCCUCAUAACAGAUUUACUGUUGAAGAAGUCCUUGGUGGUCCAUUCCCUUGCAUCGAUGCUGGAUAAGACAUUAAGACCUAAGCUCCUCACUCUCCUUCCAUGCAUUUUCAGAUAUGUUUGUCAUUUGCAUAUUGCUUUAUCUGCACGUGGAUGUAUUACAACUAUGGCCAAGUCAAUGACAUUGAAUGUGAUUGGCUCACUUAUUGAGAAUGUGGUGCCUAUGUGAGGUGACAUUACAUCUAUACAUUAUAAACAAGGAGCUGGCAUACUUGUCAGCUUGCUUGUCCAAGGACUUGGUAUCGAGCUGGUUCCAUAUGCUUCCCUCUUAGUAGUUCCCCUUCUGAGAUGUAUGAGUGAUUCAGAUCAUUCAGUCAGACAGAGUAUGACACAUAGUUUUGCAACCCUCAUGCCUCUACUUCCAUUAGCAGGUGGUGUUCCUCCUUCUUUUGAUCUUAGUGAACACCAAUCAAGAAGAUGUUAAAUUUUUGGACCAACUAAUUGACAACUCUCAUAUUGACGAUUACAAAUUCUCAACACACCACCAUAAGCACAGUUGACUGUCAUGUUUCUAAGUAAUCUGGACCUCUUGUAUUCAGCAGGUCUCAAGUGAGGAAUCUACAAAUAGAGCAGAAAUUGUAAAAUUAGACGGAGAUGAUCAAGCGAUAUCAACUGAGUGUUUAUUAUCAUAUUCUUGUUCAUUUUUGUCAGUAGCUUCAGUUAGAUUUUCCUCUACAACAGGAACUGGUUCUGAAUCUUCUUCCUUGGGUUCUGCUUUCGGGACUUAUGCCUCUUUAGGUUUUUGCUGUUCUUUAGCCUCUAAAUAAACUUGCUUCUUUUUUUUUCAACAGCCUCAAAUGUUUCCACAAUGUCAACUGUUGUUGUCUGCUGCUAAGUCUUUUCCUCAGCAGGCUCUAUUUUGGAUUCUUUGUCUAAAGUUUCAACAUUUCCAUCCUCUGGUUGAACCUCUGGUUCAAAUUUGGUUAUAUCAGCAACUUGAUCAAGAAUACUUUGAGCUUCUGGUUCAGGGGUAUGUUCCUUGGCUAAAACAACAACAGCAGCAACAUACCCAGUUUAUUCCCACAUAGUUGGAGUCUGGGAAGGGUAGAGUGUACGCAGACCAUACUACUACCUCAGGUGAAGUAGAGAGGCUGUUUCCGAUAGACGUCCGGCUUAGAACCGGUAAUAGUAUGGUAGGUUCCUUGGCUAAUUUUUGAAUAUCUUUUCUAGUGACAUCCAAUUUAGGUGUUUCAUAUUGUUUCUUAACUUUUUCGACAGUAGGAGGCUAAGUUUUCUUGUCUGCUGUAUUUUCUUUUGAUUCUACUGGAGUAGCAAGUAUGCUUUCCUCAGCUUGUGGCUUCUCUUCAUCGUGAGUUGUGGCUGGUGACGGAGCUGGUGGUUCAUCAACCUGUUUUACCUCUUCAGUUUUUGGGGUCAAUGCUUCAUCAGCAACUGGCUUCUCUUCCUCGAUGCUUUUCUUUACCUCUUAUAUUAUAGUUGCUGGAGGUUCCUCAAUCAUCGGCAUCUCUUCUUUAUCAACUUUCUUUACUUCUUCCACUAUUGUUGGAGCUGGUUCAUCAGCUUUAGGCUUCACUUCCUCAUCAGCUUUCUGUACUUCUUCUACUCUACAAUUGCUAUCUAUUCAUGUAGCGCUUAGGGAGUAUGACUAUAUGGCUCUAGUACAAUUGAAUUCCAAACACAAAAUACCUCUAUAACUGCUUUAUUCAUGCAUAAGAUAGUAUUUUUGCAGACCAACAAUUCAUUCUGUCCAAUAUCUUCUCAACUAGAGGCAAGCACAGAUUAAUAGAUAUCUUCCUAGAUAAUAAGGGUACUCACAAGUAUUUUAAUGGUAAACUCCCUUUUACAUAUCCCAAAUACUUCAAGAUUUACUAUUUGACAGAAUUCUUAACCCCAGAUAUGUAUAUUUGUUGGCUUAUAGACUAAUGCCCAAGAGAACAUAUGAAAAGUAGAUUGAAACAUGCCAAUAGAGACUAGAUCAGCUUUGCAAAAGAUUAGGAGGUCUCUUACAAAAACAUAUAUGCGUAACACCAAGUUUCUUGCACUUGGGAUGAUACUUAAAAUGUGGAUUAGUAGCCAACAUCCUCAGCUCUCUUUCCAGGUACUCCAUAGAAAUAACAAAGAGGUAGGGUGAUAAAUGGUUACCUUGUCUAAUUCCUCUCUACCCAUGAAAAGGCUUUGUCAACGCUCCAUUUAGCACCAAGAAUAUAAGACUGAGGUAACACAUGGUCACAUGCCAUGGUCCAUUGUAUGAAUUUGUGAGGGAAACCAAUUCUACCAGCUAGUGUUCAUGUGGAUUGGGGGAGGUGAAUCUUUUAUUAGGCAUAAACUUGGAGGUACCACGAUGAGUUAAAGAGUUUGGAGGUGAAUCUUCUUGCUUCCGUGCAUUCUCCUGAAAUCUAGCUUCCGCCUCCUCCCACACACACCCAUAUAUAUGAGCAUAUACACGUAUUAAAUUUAUUAGUCUGAACAUUUUGCAGAAACUAUUUUCCAUUUUGGAUCAGUUAGUCACCUGUGGUUGACCUUCUCAUGAUAGUUUGUGGAAGUUGAUUUAAAUUUAUUGAGAUAGUGUUGAUAAAUUCGCUUCUAGUGGAUGGGAUACUUGAUGAUAUUUUUCCUUUUGAUUGAUGUAUAUAAGCAGGGUUGCACUCUUGGCAUUUCAUCUAGCACUAAUAACUAAUCCGCAAGAGGCAUAUGUCUUCUUGACCUUUGCUUCUUUGUUGUACCAUGGAAAUUUGAAGGAAGGUGUUAAAUUCUCUAGAAGACACUCUGAUGCUGCAUCUAUUUAUGCACCUGAAAUUUCAAAUUCUCAGGACUCCAUAUCAGAUGAUGAGCUUGUGGAAAGAGUUACAGAGCUGGCAGUGCUAUUGCAAAAUUCUCUAGAUAUUUUGACUGAUAAAGAGAACCUCAAGGAAGCAAUGUCAAGGUUCCCAGGUUCCCAUGUUCUGGUUUGAUAUGCCAUUAGACUUUUCGGACUUAUCUUUCACCUGGUGCGAGUAAUGCCCAGGCUGUAAGAAAAAAUUCUUUCAAAUUCUUCCGGCCCAGCUCAUGCUUCUGUUUAUGAAAAGGAUUAAUGCGGGGGAUCAAAUUUGAUUGGUGGGCGCCACAACUCAACUGGAUCUAGAUUGAAGUGAAUGAUUAAGAAUUUUUGAAAUAUUUUGAUAUACGAUUAUAUACAUUUCGUUUUGUGUGGAACUUGGUACAAUUUUUUAUUAUGUUGUUUUCUAAUUCGUAUGUAAAAGACAUGUUUUUUUAAAAUCAAAUCUAUGCACUUCAAUUAUUUAUUAGCAAAUUGGUGCA